AAACAAGAAAAAUCAAUAUUUUCAACUAAUUUCUCCUUUCUUUAAUCGUCGUCUUGGAUCACCAUUUUCAGAUAAGUUUUCUUAGAUGAUCUUUGAGUUUUUUAAAGGGUAACUUCUUUCUAAAACUAGGAUGAGGAUGAUGAUGAUCUGUUCAUAACAAACAAAAAAAAAAAAAAGAGAAAAUUCCCUUUUGGAAAUAUUGAAUUUUUUUUUUGUGCAACGAAAUAUUGAAUCUUUCGAAUUGGGUUUCAUUCAAAUUCUUCAAAUUUGAGGAUCCAAUUCGUUUUGUUGUAAUCAUUUCGACGACCCUGGCGAAUUGAUGAUCGGGUAGGGAUCAAAAAUUUCAGCUUUGUAUAGUAAAACGAUGAGGUUUCUGAGCCUCGUCGGAAACUCAUUCGGUUGCUCCGCGUCCGGCGAGCGAUUAGUAUCAGCCGCCAGAGACGGCGAUCUACAAGAAGCCAAAGCCCUCCUUGAUUACAACCCGAGACUCGCUCGCUAUUCCACUUUCGGCGUUCGUAACUCUCCUCUCCAUUACUCCGCCGCUCAAGGCCACCACGAGAUAGUUUCUUUGUUGGUGGAGUCAGGAGUUGAUAUCAAUCUCCGGAACUAUCGUGGACAGACGGCUUUGAUGCAAGCUUGUCAACAUGGUCAUUGGGAGGUUGUCUUGAUUCUCAUCCUCUUUGGUGCUAAUAUUCACAGAUCAGAUUACCUUAACGGUGGUACUGCUCUGCAUCUGGCGGCUCUAAAUGGUCACCCUCGGUGUAUCAGGAUCUUGCUUUCCGAGUAUAUACCAAGUGUCCCUAACUGCUGGAGCCUCUUGAAGAAUAGUAAAUCCUCUGUUUCUGGAUUUGAUCCAAGUGUUAUUCAAGAAGUGAUAAACAGAGCAGCAGAUGGAGGAAUCACACCUCUUCAUGUAGCGGCUCUGAACGGACACGUAGAGACGGUGCAGUUACUCUUGGAUUUGGGAGCUUCACUUACUCAGGUUACUGUGGAAGACGGAACCACAAUAGAUCUCAUAGGUGCUGGGAGUACUCCUCUCCAUUAUGCUUCAUGUGGCGGAAACACCCAGUGUUGCCAGCUUUUGAUCGAUAAGGGUGCCUCUUUAGCUGCCAUUAACUCUAACGGAUGGACGCCAUUGAUGGUUGCUCGCUCAUGGCACCGGAACUGUCUUGAAGAAGUCCUGAACCCAACCACAGAGCAGCCACAAAGCCAACUGCCAAAAGUCCCUUCUCCUUUCCUCUGCCUUCCUCUAAUGAGCAUUGUCAAGAUUGCUCAGGAAUGUGGCUGGAGAGGAGAUGACUGUCUCACUCCAUGCCGUGACCCUUGCGCCGUUUGUUUGGAAAGAAAGUGCACCGUAGCAGCAGAUGGAUGUGGUCAUGAGUUCUGCACUAACUGUGCGUUAUACCUAAGCACCACAAACAUAACAUCGUCAAAGACAUCAAAAGCUACACCAGGCUCAGUCCCAUGUCCUCUCUGUCGCUACGGCAUUGUCUCUUUCACCAAACUCCCCCAUACGAUACCAACAACAACAGCAACAUCAUCAAGAACAAGCAUCUCCUUGUCCUUCUGCACUUGCUCCUCCUCUGAUGUCUUGGAUACAGGUGCUCUCCUCACCGACCCUCACUACAGCUGUAAACCGGUUGUUUCAAGAACCGGUUCACAAUCCGUUGGGUCAUCGUCCUUUCGGUCUCUUAGCUGCCGGUUUCCUCCAAGUCUCUGCCUCGGUGGCUCGGAUGUUGUUGAACCGCAAAGCCGGUUAAUGAAUGGAUCAUAUUCAAGAUCCGGUUUAGGGUCCAGGAGAUCCACGUCGGAGGUUGAAGGGAAACGUUCUUGGUUUUGUGCUCUUAACCAUUGUGUUACAACCGGUGGAAGUCCUUGCUAAUACUUUUUGUUCUUUCUUUCUCUUUUUUAAUUUUUGUUCCCAUUUUCUUGGAGAAAUUGGUUCUGUGAAUGGUGUGGUGAUUAUUCAUUUUGUAAUAAUUGGAAAUGUGACAAAUAUAAUUAAUUUGGGUUUGCCAUUUA